GUCGCCCUCGCCCCCCACCUCUCCUCCAUGGCUCCAUCCAUCCAUCCAUCACUGAACGGCGACGCCUCCUCGGCUCCUGCUGCUGCCGUGGUAGGUGGCGCGUCGCUCUUCCUUAACUGCUCGCCCGCCUCCCUCCCUCCUCCCUCCUCCAAGCGACUGUUCGUGCUAGCUACUGCUCCCAGCGAGCCUCCCCGGCUCGCUAUCCUCUUGCUCCGCUCGCCCGCGGGGAGGCCCCAGUAGUAGCAGCAGCGUGUGCUCCGUCCUGCUCCACCUGUCGCCGCCCUCGGUGCGCGUACGGCGCCUCGGAUGACCGGGCCGGGCGACGAGCUGGCCGAGCUGCUGUGGGACAACGGGCCGGCGCUGAGGAGGGCGCCGCCGCCGUUCCAGCCCUUCACCUGCAGCGCCGCCGGCAGCAGCAGGGCCCACGAGCUCAAGCGCCACGCCGCCGGCGGCAUGGUCCCCGUCCCGCUCGGGAUCCACGACGGCGGCGGGCUACCAGGCCUCCACGCCCACGGCGGCGGCGACGAUGACGCCGUGCCGUGGCUGCAUUGCCCAGUCGUCGUCGACGACGGCGACGCCGACACGGCGCCGCUGCCGCCGGAGUACUGCGCCGGCCUGCUGUCCGAGUACCAGGGGCUCCCCGCCGCGCCGCCCGCCUCCCACGGCGCGGCCGUCCCGGCCUCGCGCGCCGCGCCGCCGGAGGCCGCGGCCAAGCAGGCCCCGCCGCCGGGCUCCGCCAGCGGCGGAGGCGAGGGCGUCAUGAACUUCACCUUCUUCUCGCGGCCCCUGCAGCGGCCGCAGGCGUCCGCCGCCGCGGCCGCAAGCAUCCCCGUCGAGUCCACGGUCGUGCAGGCGGCGACGAACCGGCUGCGGGCCACCCCGCUGUUCUCCGAGCAGAGGAUGGCGUGGCUGCAGCCGCCCAAUGGGCCGCGCGCCACGGUGGCAGGGGCAGCUCCCGCUCCCGCUCCCGCUCCCGCUGCCCAGGCGCCUCUGCCCACAGAUCACCACCUCCACGGAGAAGCCGCCACGGUGACUCAGCGCAGGUUGCAACCGGAGGCAAGGGCUCCCGGUGCGGCCGCGGCGACGGCGGUGGUGACCACCUCGUCGGUCUGCUCCGGCAACGGUGACCGGAGCCAACAUCCCAAGAGGAGCAGCCACCAGGUCGCGGACUGCUCGGUCAGCCCGGACGAGGACCUCGACGACGAGGGCGGCGCGAUAAGAAGGUCGGCGUCGCGGAGCAACAAGCGCAGCCGCACCGCCGAGGUGCACAACCUAUCCGAGAGGAGGAGACGGGACCGGAUCAACCAGAAGAUGCGCGCCCUGCAGGAGCUCAUCCCCAACUGCAAUAAGAUCGACAAGGCGUCGAUGCUGGAGGAGGCCAUCGAGUACCUCAAGACCCUGCAGCUCCAGGUGCAGAUGAUGUCGAUGGGGACGGGGCUGUGCGUGCCGCCGAUGCUGCUGCCGGCGAUGCAGGUGCCCGUGCCCCACCCCAUGGCGCACUUCCCGCACCUCGGCAUGGGGCUGGGGUUCGGCAUGGGCGCCGCGGCGGCCUUCGACAUGGCCCGCGUCGCCGGUGCGCACUUCCCGUGCCCGCCGAUGGCAAUGCCGCCGGGACCGAUGUUCGGCGUGCCCGGGCAGGCGAUGCCGUCGCCGGCCGCGGCAGCGUUCGCUCACAUGGCCGCCAGUGGCACCGCGCCGCUCGAGCACAUAGAAGCAGCAGCAGCUGCUCCUGCACGGGAAGAAGCAGAGCCCCCGCCAGCUCCCGUCGCCACACUCACACAGGGCGAUCAGAAGCUGCAGCAUCCGAAGCCGACGUGAAAGGCGACGACGAGGCGCUCCGCGUGCUGUUGCAGAUCGCGUGCGUUGAGGCGGCACCCGGCCGCUCGCUAUCGCCGUGCUGCUCUGAAUUUGGCUGCUCCAUCGUUCCCUGUCUGAACUCUGAAGAAGCGCAUGCACAUUGCACGCAGCAGGCCCGGGUCUGAACAAACAUUUUUACCAGGCCUGCUAGAACGUCGUGUCUCGGCUGUAAUUUGCUUGUAGAUUGUAAGAGAGAACUCAGAAGAGGUACUCGUGGAACGUUUCACGCAAGGGAUUAGUGAUCAACUCAAAGAAUCAUGUGGAAAUUUUGUGGUGUUUCAUGAGCAAAAGCGUCGGCACCAGAAACAUGUUGGCUGUCAAGAGAGAACUCUGAAUGUUUCUGCUGCUGGGAUUAGGGAUUUGGAACGAAAGGCUGCUGGGCUUCCUGCUAAA